AUGAAUAAAUAUAUUAUCAUUCUAUUAAUUACAAGUUUAAUCCAUACAACAAUAAAUGGUAUUCAGUUAAUAAAUAAACAAUAUAGAAUAGAAACUAUACAAAAUAUAUCAAAUACAGAUUAUACAUUAAUACACCUUCGAAAUAAUCAAUCUACAAUAAAAUGUUCCUUUUGUAAAAUGAUAGUUAAUGCAAUUAGAAAAAUGAUGACAAAACUUUCAACAUUUCAAAUGAUUCAUCUAAUUAUUCAUGAAAUGUGCUCUGUAGUUGAAGAUCAUACAGUAGAGUGUUAUGAUGUGGCUUCACAAAUAGUUGAUUCUUACGUUAUCAUAUUCAAUAGAACUGAAGCAUUGGAUACUUGUAUGCAAGUCAGUUUCUGUAGCUGAUAUGCGUGGCGGAUGCAUUGAGACCGUUUUACAUAAAUUGAAAACAUUUGAUUUUAUAAAGUCUUUUAAAAAACAUUGGUGGAUAAAUAUUUAUCACCAUAUUCAAUAAGUGCCUGUUUUCAAUUUAUUUCUAAUGAUCAUGGAGCGUUUUUUUACAUGAUUUUUAAACUUCAUUUAUUAUUAUUAUUACUCACCAUCUACUGCGGUGUGUACUACCUACAGAUAUAAGUAGUAUGUAUCACUAAUCGAAAGUGAAAUACCCGGCGGUAGAAUGUUAAGAUGAUCGAAGAGAAGAGAAUGAAAACAGAGAGUGAUUAGUGUUGGAACAAAGUUCAGUUUGUUCGUUUUAUGGUAUAUAUCAAGAACUGAUAUUAGUCAGUCAACCUAUGGAGAGUAGGAACCCUUAAAAUUCUCUUUCGUUCUCAUCAGUGAACAUCCACCAUUGAUCAAACCCACAAAAUUUAGGUCUUGCAGAAAGCGGCUAACCGUUAUAUCAUUGAAUCUAGAAAUGAUGAUGUAUAUGCCAAACGUUGUUUAAUUUCUGAUAUCGUAUGAUCGCCUUCAGUUGUCUAUGGUGAGUUAUUGUCUCAUGCUAGACAUGGUUACCGAAGUCUGUUUGUAAUGGAAAUUAUAAAAGUUUAACCGUUUCCAUAAUACUCCUUUUACACUUUAUCCUGUCAUGUUGCCUGAAUACUGCUUAGCGUUUACUCUAAUGUUGAUAUUCUUCAUGAAAUGUAGAUUAAGCUUUAAUGAUUUCGGACCACAGAAUCAGUCGUUACUUAAUUAGAAAAUUUGUCUUAUAUACUCAGUUAGCAUUGUGAUAAUAUAAAUAAAUAAAAUUUUCGAAGAAAUCUGUGUUCUAUCGUUUAUUACAAAAAAGUAUUCAGAUUCAAUAGGCAGGUACUCUGUUAAGUUUAUGGAAAUUACAAUGAAAGCUAACAGAAGCUGAUCAUUUACCUAAUUAACAUUCAAAUUUUUAAUCAUUCAAUCAUUACUACUAAAAUGUUAUAAAGUAAGACAUUGUUACAUUUGCAUUUUAACUAUAGUGCACUGGAAGAUUGGUCUAUCCUGUCAUAAUUUUGAAUAUCACGAUAAAGAGGACCGAUAAUGUAUGGAGUAAAUUACUGAAAAUAAUAUAAAAAAGCAAAAAUCAAUGGUAAUAUUUCUAAAUAAUUAAUUAGAAGGGAAGAGAUACCCUAAAUAAGGAAGUAUUUAAUAGAUUUGCCUAAAACUAGGAAAAGUUAUAAUUAAUGUAUGUUAUGUAAAGUAUCUAUACCAAGAACUAAGCCCUUCGCUAAAUAACCUGAGAUAGAUGUUAGAAAACUCAUAGAAUGUGCCUAAACUUUCACCAACCAAUAUCGUUUUUAUUCUAACCUACUGCACUAUUCAGUGAAACUAUAUAGCCGUCCGACAUAGAUGAAUAUGUAUGAUGUCAUUACCGUCAAAUUUAGUUCGCACUUUCACAUAUCAAAUAAUCAAGUUUUCCUAGUCUCUCUAGCUACAACUAAGUGUUAUCUAGUAUUUACACCAUAAAAACAAUUUUCCAAAGAUAAUUAUGUCCAGUAAUAUGGAAUCCAAGGUAUAUAAUAGUAAUAUUUACUAUGAUGCAUCUGAUUUACCAUUCAGUGUACGAAGUCAUGAGCUUGUUUGGUAAUUUAUCUCUCGUGGAACAUUUUUAAAUUAGAUGGUUCAUUUAUCCAUUCGUUUAUGCUCGUAUGGAGAAAACAUAUGUGGGAUUACUGAAGAGCAAUAAUUGUUUAGCUACAAAUAAGUGAGUUUCAGUUUUGAGCAAACUGGAAUAAUACAUUUAAACCAUUUAAAUGAAAUUAUGUACAGCUAGUGGACUGCUCCAUGUAUAAAUCCUUCAUCUUUAAAUAUUUGUGGAAUCACCCACUGAACACCAGUUUACUUGUAGGCUUUGAGUUACUUGAAGCCGGACAUCGACGUGCUUGUUUACAAAUGUCCAUUACAUCGAAGACACAUAUAUAAACAAAUAGUUUUCUCUCAUUAGCUUCUCAUAAGUUUUAUGGUCACACCUUUAAUUAAACGUUUUAAAGUGAUAGUGAAGAUUAAAUCUAUGUUUGACUGGUCUGUUGUUAAUUUCAUAUGUAGUCUUUCAAAAGCUCGCACCUAAAUAAUGUGUUAGUUAAUAAUCACUAGACUAUUCCAUCGUUUAGUGUCAACUAAUGUUUCCCUUUUUGUUAAUUUUCUCAUUAGGCACUGGGUUUAGAAGCGUAACAUUGUUAAGAAGUCUAAACAGUUCACUCAGUUAGUCUAACACAGCUUUCCUCUGUAAAAGAAUUAAGUUUGCUCAUGCUGUUAAUCUUAUCCAGUGAGUGUAUCAAUCAGCAUUUACAUAAACAGUAUUACUUCGCAUCAAUUUCCCUUUUCGGAAUUGAAGCUUAACCCUGUAUGUGUACUGGUUAUACCAUGAAAAAGGGAUUUUAAAAUUUAAGCAAUGCAGAUGUAGAAACAGUGUUGUUGUCAACUGUUCAUACCAGAUUUAGCAAAGAACAAAAUGAUGCUAAGUGUGUGACUUUUCUAGAGGUUUUCCCGUCACGUACAUAAAAGAAUUUAAAGACGUAUUCAUUGCAAACUAGAAAGCUUGGAACAUGUGGCUGCCAGUUUACUUCAUAUUGGACUAAAAUUAUUUGUUUUUAGCAUCAAUAUUCACAUAAGCUAGGAUAAACCUAUUAAAGGAGGACUGAUAACAUGUAAUUUACAAUUAUGGUUUGAUGUCUAAGUAACUUACAAUCAGGAGCUUACUUACUUACUUACUGUUGGGAUAUUCAGAAAAAUAUCCCAAAAAUUAUUCUGUUAAGCCUAAUGCUACCCUUGGACAUGAAAUGGUAUCAUCUUAUUGGUCAAUAUUUAUUUAACGUGUCAUUUUCCUGCUGGCCAUCAUUGUACAAUGUUAUUUUAUAUUUUAUGGUACGUUGUGGUCUGCUUGACUGGUAUAUAAACAAAGUGUGUUUGAAAUAUAAUGAUUCAUAACU